AUGCUGCUAGAGAACCUCUCUUCCAUUCUCGCCAUCCUCUGGCAAAACAAACUCCUUCUCUCCCUCGCUCUCAUCGUCUACCUUUUGCUCAAACAAACCUACCAAUUUCUAAAUUCCCCUUUCCGCGCCCAGCGCAUCCCCGGCCCAUUCCUUGCAUCCUUCACCAACCUCUACAGGUCCUAUCGUACCAUGACCGGAACAUGGCACCGGGACAUAAUGCAACUCCAUCUCAAGUACGGUCCUGUAGUGUGGAUUGCCCCCGAUGAGGUAUCAUGCUCGGAUCCAUACCUCAGGAAUGUCAUUUAUGGUUUCGCCAACGACAAGCGCGAAGAGACCUUCUUUAAGAAGGCACCAUUAUAUGAGACAGGAAGUGUCAAUGAAGAUUUCAGCUUCCUCUUUGAGCGGGAACCGGAGAAAGCGAGGUUAGGAAAGAGGUUAAUGUCGCAUUUCUACUCGGAGACUGCUUUGAGCGGUUUAGAGAAGAACUUUGACCAAGCCGUCGACGAGUUCGUACAAGGCAUUGAGAAGCAUGUUAUCCAGCCUGGUAAGGUGUGCAACUUUACACACUGGGUAGAGUACUAUAUCUGGGACGUUACUGCGCAAAUUGCUUGCAAUAACUCCAACGGAUUCUGUCUGGCCGGAGAGGACCACUUUGGAACCCUUUGGGGGAUUAAGCUUAUCCUCAGCGUUGUGGGUUGGCUUUUACCGACUCCUCAAGCUCUGAUGAUAACAACUCGAUGGAUACGGAGAAUGCUAUUAGUCUACUGGUUAGACCAGCUGUUCUAUACGGGCAUGGGAAUUGGGGAGAAGAAGUGGAAGGUGCCAUUGGAGGAGCGUAUUGACGAGGUCAGAACUGAAAAUCCGGACCAUCUUCUGGCGAAGUUCCACUCCGCCCAAGCAUCCAUGCGAGAUCAUUACCCCCUGGGCGACACCGUACAAGGUACCACAGUCCAGUACUUCAACCUCAUGGCUGGCGCCGUCGGGGUCACACCCCACACAACCAUUACAGCCAUCCACAAUCUCCUGAAAGACCCCACCGCGCUCUCAACUGUUCGCGCCGAGCUCGCAGCUCUCCCUAAGGCGGUCACAUUCGCAGACUUCAUCCACUAUGGCGGUUCCAACAAGAUCCCCUACCUUGAAGCCGUCAUAAACGAAGCUACUCGUAUCUGCCCAGCUGUUGGUUUUUCUCUUUCCCGUACCUCGCCUCCAGCGGGCUGCCAGCUGAACCAGUUUUUCAUUCCACCGGGAUAUACCGUCGGUAUGUCGGCAUGGGCAGUCAACUACGAUAAGGGUUAUUUUGGAGCCGACGCAGCGGAGUUUAAACCUGAGCGAUGGUUAGGUGUGGAUGAGCAUGGAAGAAAGAGAGCCAGUAAGAUGGAGGCCGGGUGGUUAUCGUUUGGAGCUGGUGGGAGGGUUUGCAUUGGAAGGCAUCUGGCAAUGUUCUUAAUGGUGAAAUUGGUGGCAACUGUUGUGGCGCGGUGGGAGCUGGAGGAGGUUGAGGCGCCUAAGGAGAGGUUUGCGAUGGUGGUGGAGAUGCAGGGAAUGAUGGUCAAGAUUAAGGAAAGAGCAGUUGAAGGCUAA